CUAUAAAUUUCGCCGUUUAGUGCAGAGCAACAAUAGUCCUGUGGCCCGACACAAGCUGAGCAUUUAAUUUCAGAUUUACUGAGGGUCGGUUCAGAAUUUGAUCAUGCCUCAUCAGAAGUGGACUUUACUUUUAUGUGGAUUAAUUUUCUCCUUCGUUUUGGAGAACCUCGGAGAAAGAAGACAUCAACCAUGUUUUAAUGACAAUGACCAUGGAUUCAUUAAAGUCCAUCAAAAGAUGCUUCGCGCCCUGCAUGCGCACAGACCCCUGCAUGCGCACAGACACCCGCAUCUACGGCCCGUCAAUCAUGCGGCGAACACCUGCAAAGAUUUCUUGAGCGGGCUUUCCGCUGGGCGCUCAUCACAAGAACUCAGUCAUCGCUCACUCGCCCCCUGGCGGACAAGAACUGUGGAAAAUCAUGAUAUGUACCCCUCAAGAUAUGAGGAAGCAGAGUGUUUGUGCGAUGGAUGCAUCAUUAACGGAGUUGAAAACAACAGCUACAACUCCGUGCCUGUGGAGCAAACCUUUUUAUUUCUGAGGAAGGUCAAGUGUCCGUCUGACCCGAGCAAAUACUCUAUUGAGUAUGAAAAAGUGAACGUGAGAGUAGCAUGCACCUGUGCGGUCCCAAGGUCGUAAUCUCUUAUAGAGAAAAAUACCUACCCAAACUGUAGAGAUUUAUCUCAUUGUGUCGUGUUUGUUUUAAAAUGCAAUUGUUGGAAGUUACAUUGUUCUAUAUGCUUAUAUCAAUAAGCUGAGAAUGUUGCAUGUGUCACAUGAUUUAUUUUUUAGAUUAUAACUUAGUCUUUCUUGAAUGAAAGAUAUUUGUAUUAUUGUAAAACACUACUUUAUGUUGGCUUGUUAUUUAUUUAUAUAAUAAUUUAUUUACUAUUUAUUUCAGUUUUAUAUACAUUAUGCAAACAAAUUAUGGACUUUUAUUUUUUUGCGCCUGGCUUGCCACUUUAUAUCAGGUGUAUAACUCAAUUCACUCACUGCCAGUGAAAAGAAUGGUGAAAUAAGUUUGUGUUUUAAGUGAUAAUAGUGAAAUGUGUUGAAAUGUUUUGUUUUCCUGAACCUUGUCAUUUGCACUGAUUGUAUCAUAUCGAUAAAUAAAUAAAAU